GGCGCGGCACGUGAAGGUCGCGGCGGCGGCGGCGGCAUGGAGGCGGCGGGCGGCGGCGGGCUGGGCGUCGCCGACCCGCAGCUGCAGCGCUUCAUCGAGGUGGAGACGCAGAAGCAGCGGUUCCAGCAGCUGGUGCACCAGAUGACGGAGCUCUGCUGGGAGAAGUGCAUGGACAAGCCCGGGCCGAAGCUGGACAGCCGGGCGGAGACGUGCUUCGUGAACUGCGUGGAGCGCUUCAUCGACACCAGCCAGUUCAUCCUGAACCGGCUGGAGCAGACGCAGAAGUCCAAGUCGGCUUUCUCGGAGAGCCUGUCCGACUGAGCGGGGACCUGGGCCGCGCCAGAGCCCGCGCGCUCCUGCCCGAGCCGGGAGCAGCUCCGGGUGUCAGGAUUUAAUUAGAGGCCAGUUUUGUGAAAGUUGCCGCCGGAUGAGAGCCCCCUCGGAGAUGCACGCUCACUCCUCCGCGUGGUGCCGUGCUGUUCCCGGUGCUGUUCUCGUCCCCGUCCGCCAGGAACGAUCCUCACGCCGAGACCAGGGGGCUGGGGCUACUCACGUUGUGCACACAGGAUUUGGUGGUGGGAAAGUAUCCGUAGGGCUGGAGACGCUCGCCUCAGGGGGAUGCUUCCAACACUAAUGUGAAUCUUAAAAGUAGGUGAAGCAAACCUGCAACCGCUGCCUUAAACGGUGCUGCCCGCGUGUUCAUUGCUCACAACUAACCCUCCUCGGGAGAUGCUAAUGAGCCUAGCAGUUCCCAGCAGACUCUGCAGUGUGACGUGAGGAAGAGCAGCGGGACUGCAGCUGCAGCGCAGAUAGCCGUAGCGAGAAGAGCUUGUUGGGCAUGGCGAACAUCCCACGCAGCACGAUUAUUGGAAAAUAUUUUAAGGUUUCUAUAGGGUAAAGUCAUUCCUGUGGCCAAGUGACAGAUUUUCAAACUGCAGUGCAACUCUGUUAAUACUGAUUUGCUCCAUUAACAGCUUUCUCCUGGUCAAUGUAAUAAAUAUUAAUUGGGUCAAUUUUUAA